AUGCCUCGGAACAGCGAAGAGGUCAACAUUUUCAUUAGCCCACUCCAAGGUGAUCGCGGACACUCUGCCCAAGUCUACUCGGACGUGCCUAUCACCGACAAGAGUGUAGAGACGCAAUCGUUCCUAGAAGCCUCAUAUGGUCUUGUUCAGCCGUUUGAGGAACCCCGCCUCCUUGGUAUGCACAAUCCCGUCUUUGGAUAUGUUAGGUUCUGGAUUCGUGCAGGCAGAUAUCAGGGGUAA